UUUAUGACUAUAGCAGUUCAGUAAUAACGCCCAUGUUUAUGACUAUCUACUAAAGCAAGCGACAGUCGUGGAUUGAGGUAUUACAGUUAAGUGUUGUAACUUAGUUCUUCAGCAGCUCAAGCAAUGUUUGUACAGGUUCAAUUCCUUUUAUUCGUCUCGCUAUAAAAGACGCUGGAAAAUAGGAAAAUUUUACAAUUUUCUUCCGCAUUUCGCAGACGUUUAUAAGCUCGUAGUUUAUAAGUGUCAUAAAUAAUGGGAUCGUGUUGCUCAAGGAAAAAAGACAAGCGCAACGGAAAAGAACGUUCGUGUUUACGAAGUUUUUUCUGCUGCUGCGGCCGAAGCAAGAGAAACGAAGCUGGCUCUUCCAAUCGACCGCACACACUCCCUGCUGAAGGUAUGGUUCCGACCUACGACGUUACGGCUUGCAAACGACCAAAAAUUCAAACGGAAACUGCCAUGACGUCAACCACUGCGUGUAUGAUGACGAAUUUUCACAGAAACGAGCGACCGACAGCGGUACAGUGUUCGUCUGCCACAGGACCACCCUCCUCGCCUUAUUACAUUCGAUUAGACGAAUCACGCAACGCUGAAAACGGGGAACGAAUUCAUGUUAACUCCGAACCGAAAGUUGUCAGAAUUCGAGACGAUGAUUUGGAGACUUCAACCAAAAUGUGAUGGCAGUUUGUUUUCUCGCAGCACACUCAAAACUUCAAAUUGCUUGUUUAAAUAUGCAAUUGUAUGUUUGGCUGCUUCUUCAGUUUUGAUACUUUUAUAUAUAAACCAUGCCCACGGAGGCGUUACAUUUUAUAUUCAUAUAUGUUCCUUUCUAUACCGUUUCUUCAUAAAGUAAAAUCAUAUAUAUAUAUUGCUUGUUAAAAUAAUGCACAUUAGCGUUUUGUUUAUCGACGCCUCUAACUAUUACCAGUUUCGAAUUUCCACAGUGGCCAACUGCUUUACAGUAUUAAGCGUGCAUACAGAUUGUUGUUGCAUCAAUUUUGCAUGUGCUUAUGCCUUUAAAUGCGUUAGUUUACUGUGAACACAGAGUCAGACAGUUAACGGGGUAAAACGACUUCGUAAAACUCGUAAAAUUGUCAUUAAACUUUUUAAUUUG